AGUUAUACAGCUGUGUAAUGGCUGCUAACAGUGUUCAAGAACCUUUGGAAACUAAACUGUAGUUUAUGGUGAGCAGAGGCAAAUGCUGAACUGCAAUAUACAGUGAGAUGCCUUGCUGUGAUGGGAUCAUCAGUGUCAUACUGAAAUGAGAUGUCUGAACUUGUCAAGCAGAUUAGAAGAGAGCAGGAGGUAUUCAAGGGAAACUUAUUGUUAACACGGGACAGAGGUACUGGGAAUAGGUGUUAAAGCCUAUCUACAUCCAAGAUUCGUGAGUCUGUGAAAACAAGACUUGAGAAAAGAGAAGAUCUCAAUUGGACUAGCUAAUCCUUCCCCAAGACAAUUUUCUCCUCCGUGAAGGUGGUUUGUCUUUGGAUACAUUUGUGUUUCUUGCUGAGAGACCUGGCAGAUGUCCCAAGUGGGAGAAACCUUUCCUCCAGAGCCUGUAGGGCCUGAGAAAGAAUCUGCAUCUGAAGAGAAGCUGUUGAUCUCACUCCCACAGGAAAAAUGUGAAAAUGAAAAUAUGAAAACGGGUGACUCAAAACAAUCAUUUAUGAGCAAAGGAGUUCAAACAGAUUUAGAAGACCAGUCACUUUUGGGAGAUAGCUGUAACGACAUGGCAAUUAAAACCCAACCCCGGCGCUUGCCUCAGCCAAAAACUUCAGCACUGACACAGAGCGAGGAAGAAACUGGCAGGAUACAAAAUGGUCAUGUAGGUCUGACUAGCAGCAAUGGAAUUCACAAUGGGGUCAAACAUGCUGCUGCAGAUCACAGAAAGUUAUCCGCUCCUGUUUCUCAAAAAAUGCACAGGAAAAUUCAGUCCAGUUUAUCUGUGAACAGCGAUGGCAGCAAACACAGCAAAAUAAGUUCAGCCUAUCCUCAGAAACCAACCUCUUCACCCGAAGAUUGCUGUGUUCACUGUAUCCUUGCCUGCUUAUUUUGUGAGUUUGUCACACUCUGUAACAUGGUACUGGGACAGGCAACUUGUGGGAUCUGCACUUCCGAAGCAUGCUGCUGUUGCUGUGGAGAGGAGCUUGGAGAUGACUGUAACUGCCCUUGUGAUAUGGAUUGUGGUAUAAUGGAUGCUUGCUGUGAAUCUUCAGACUGCUUGGAAAUUUGCAUGGAAUGCUGCGGAAUCUGUUUUCCAUCAUGAAACCUCAAAUUGGCUUGUUUGUUUCACAACUGGAGUUUUUUUUUUUAUGUAUAAAAGAAACAUACACAAUUUGCACUGCUACCUGUUUUUGUUCUAUUUUUACUGGAUAUUUAGUAUAAGACAAAAUAACCGAACUCCGUAAAAAUAAUACUUCAGUUGAACAGAUUCAUCUACUGGUUUGCCAUGCACCUCAAGGGUAAUCAAAGAGUAUGCAAAUGUAAAUAUUUAUAGACAACUGUUUGGUUGAAAUUCUACGCUUAAUUACGUGACCUAUUUUUUUCUUAACAUAAGCUUUUGUGAACAUAGUCAAUCUUUUUUUUUUUUUAGGAUGUAAACGACAAGGACAAAUUAAUUGUACAUCUUAAAUAAGAUAUAUACAUAUAUAGAGAGAGAGAAAAGACAAAAAUAAUCAAUCAUUAUUUGUAUCCUUAAAUAAUUACAUAGGAAUCCAUUCUCUCUCUCUGUAUAUAUAUUUAUACAUUUUAGUUAAAUGAUGCCUUAAAUAAAAAUGUCUUUGAGGGACAUCUCCUUAAUUGUUUCCUGUGCCAUCUGACUUGAAUUAAGCAGGUACUGUUUUUUCCAGAUAUAACUAGCCCAACCUGUACUCUACAGAGCAUUGUUAUUUUCCGUUAUAUCUGGGAGUGGUUCCCAUAUUGAUAUUCGUCCAGGAUUCUGCAAUUUCUAUGUUGAUUUCAUGUUUUUUUCAACAAUUGUGAACAACGAAGGGCGUGAGAAAAAUGAUUGGACUGGGAAACACACCUACAUAAAGCUCUUACUUGGUUUCUACAUCUUAUAAAUAUGCUAUAAGCUAUAACAUUGUCUUUUAAAAUAGUCACUUAAAGCAUAUAUGCAUCUUACUGGCUAAUGCAGAUUUAUGGACAUUUCCUUCUUUAUAUGUUCCUUUAUAAUGGAACUAUAGACCGAAACCAUAUAAAUCUAAAAAGUGUUAUCAAAUAGUUUUUUGUGUUAUUUUUAAACAUAUUUUUUUAGAAAUGCUCGAGAAGAGCACUUAUCAUUUUCUUAUUUUUGUUUUGUUAGUUUUUGUCGUAUUGGUACUAAAGAGGACAAAUAGUGCAUUGCUAGUAAUCUUUUGUGCAAUUAGAAAUGUUUGCAUAUAUUAGAGGAACAGUUGAAAUAUCCUUUAGUUUUCAGACUAUUUUGUAAUGUGUCCCCAAGCAUCUAUUUUAAAACUAUGCUAAAUAACAGUACUAACUGUAUACUCAUUUAGAUUCAAGCAUUCCUUCCAUCAUGAGCUGUUACAUUUAUUCAGUAAUAAUUAUUUGUGACUGAGUGAUCUAUUUCUAGCAAUUUAAUUAUAUAAUUCCAUGCUACUUAUUCUGCACUAGAAUUAUUAGCAAGUGUGUAAUAUUUAUCUCUGUAGCAGAGAAUAAAAAUGUAUGUUACAAAAAAAAUCAUAUUUAUAUUUUUUCUGGAUGAGGUGCUUAAGAUAAAAUACAUUGGUGCCUUAUUUUAUAGAAUCGGGCAGAAAUAGUAUUUGAGUUGACAAUGUGAAAUCUCUAUUGUAACCCUUUUAUUGCAAGAUUAGCAAGCACUUUGCUGUGUUGGUCCCUAAAAGGUUUUUUUUUUGUUUUUUUUUUAUGUGGGUCAGCUGGACUCUUAGCAGUGCUCAUGGUUAUUUUUGUUUUAUGUUGUUUUAAUUACUGUUUAUAUAUAAUAGCACCAGACACUAUUUACAGAGGUCUUACAAUGAGGAUUUGUUUCCUAAUUUUAACUGGAUUUAUA